AUGCACAACCAAGCGCGUGCUGCCCUGCACAUGGGGCUCGCCAAGCGAGCCGGGAGCAUAGACCCCGCCGCCCUGUCCGCCAUCCAUGCCGCCGAAUCGGCGUCGUCGGUGUCGGCUGCUGCCGCCGCCGCUGCAGCUGCAAAGACGGCGACGAGUGUAGCCGCUGCAGUUAAAACUAGCGCAGCUGCCGUCGUGACAACAUCUGCGGCAGCAGCAGCUACAUCAAAGGUCGCAGCCGUAACGACCGCUGCUGCGGCCCAAACAACUGUUGCUUCUGUCGUGGCUUCGACCAAGGCGCAGACCACUCCUGCCGCCGCCGCAGCAACGACCUCGGCCGUCAUCAAGGUUGGCACUGCUGUCGGAAACACGGCUACCGAUGACAUUGUGACGACCACGACAGCCGCAGCAGUGACAAGCACCACAAAGGCAGCAGGUACCACCGUCACCUCGCACUCGUCUUCGAAUACUGUCAAGGUUGUCACCCAGUCCGCGUCGACGACGCGCGCUUCGUCCACAUCUUCACACAGCGCAAGCUCGACCGCGUCGGCCGCUGCGGCCAGUGCGUCGUCGUCGGGCGUCUCCAGCGGGACUAUUGCGGGAAUUGUCAUUGGCGUGCUCCUUGGUGUCGCCUUUAUCGGCACUGUGGGCAUGUUCCUUUACAAGAAGAUGAAGGCCCGCGACUAUGACAACGGCGCUGCGCCCUGGACCAAGAUGGACAACGACGACGUGACCCCCUUCCCAGCCAACGAAAAGGGCCCAGCGGCGACCCAGACCCAGGACAACUAUUACGGCGGUGCUGCCGCACCAAUGGGCGGUUCCAACCGUGCCCUUGCGAUUGCCCGCCAGAACGCAUUCUACGAGGACGGCACUCCUCGCCCCGACUCCGUUGUGGACAACAACUUUGCUGGUUACGGUGCUGGUCACGUCUACAACUCGUACCCGGACCAGCCCUCCCCGUCGUCUCAACAUUAUCCGGCUCCCGCUCAGCACUACCCCGCCCAGCCUCAACAGGCCUACCCGUACCAGCAGGGUGCCGUUUCUACGCCCGUCCAGCAAGCGUACCCUUCGCAGUACCCUCAGCAGUAUGGUGGCUACGACCGCAGCGCUGUCACUCCCAUGUCCAUGACUGCUCCCGUCCAGAACCCCUUCGACGACGGAGGCUACCAUGAACAGCAGCUGCAGAGUGGCUCGCCCACCUCGACUAGCUCGGGCCCUCGUCAGCUUGUUGGCCCCGGCCAGCAGUAUGGUGCCUCGUCCGUCAUGCCCGUCCCCGUCCCUGUUCCGGCUCCUGUCCCUCUUGGCCGCCCCGAGGCUCCCAACACCUACGACGACAUUGCUGCCGCCGAAAUGUACGCCGACGACCGCUACGCCGAUGACCACCUUGCUGCGCCUGCCCCCGUUGGCCUCAUGCGCCCGUACGCCGAACAGGACCCUUACACCCCGCACACGGCUGUCGACGAUGCCGAGUGGGCCGGUGCCGCUCAAACCGGCAUUCGCGACUCUGCCGUCUCUCACUCGUCGCCUCUUCCCGAGCCCGUCCCCCUCCCGACGCUCACGCCCAUGAGCCCCCUCAUGAACCCGGUUUCUUUCAACGACGACUCUACCGACUUGAACCACUUCAACCAGCAGGUUGCUGUCCCUUCGUCUCAGGGUCACCAGCUCGCGCUGAACGAUGAGGACGAGGACGAGGAGACUAGCCGCAUGUACACCGAGGUGGCGCGCGCCGCUGGUGUUCCCGACCCCAAUGGCGCCCACGUCGAUGCCAUGCGCACGCAGCCUUAUCGCCAUGGCCAGCCCUUGACCCCUCUUCCCGAGGUUGCCACCCCCCAGAGCGGCAACAUUGCUCUCGAGCCCGAGGUCCAGCGUGCCGUCGUCCCUCGUCCACUCCCCGCGACCCCGAACACCGCUCCUCUUGCUACCAGGUCCGCAAACCCCCCUAGUCCCGUGACAAGCAUGCCCACCAGCGCUGCCGCAUCGUCUUCCCGUCUACCCCCGCCCGCUGCGGACGCCGUUGACGAGGAGGACGCAUACGGUGGCAUCUAA